CUCCGUUUCGUGCACAUUGGUUGAUUUUGAAACCCUAAAGUUUGGCCCUUUACACGUUUCUUGUCUUCUUAUUAUUUCCCCCAUCUUUGUUUCGAGAAGCAUUUGACGAAGAGAAAAGACAGUGAAUUGCGGUUUCAAUUCAACCCACUUCAUCUCAGUUUUAACUCCCCAUAAGGUGUUUGUGAAAAUGCUGCAGUGAGGAGGAAACGUGGAUACCUUACCUGUUUUUAAUUGACCAAAGUUAAUUUUGUUGUUCCUUGGAAGGUGUUUGAAGUUGAGAUAAAAUGAGUGGAACAGAGAAAGCAGGAUCAGGAACCACGAAAACCCCUGCCGAUUUUCUCAAAUCCAUUCGUGGGAGGCCGGUUGUUGUCAAGCUCAAUUCUGGUGUUGAUUACAGAGGUAUACUUGCUUGUCUAGAUGGCUAUAUGAAUAUUGCAAUGGAGCAGACAGAGGAAUACGUCAAUGGACAAUUGAAGAACAAGUAUGGUGACGCUUUCAUCCGAGGGAAUAAUGUUCUAUACAUUAGUACCUCAAAGAGGACUCUAGCAGAGGGGGCUUAGAAAGUAUAGGAAUCUGAUUUUUUUGUUUUUGUUUGGAAGACGCUUAUGAAUUUUAAAAGCUUAUUGGACUGCCAUUAUGUUGCAACUCUAGUCUAUUGUAACUGAUUUGCCCUGGUUAUAUUUUGAAGGUAAAGCGGUAUGGCCAGUUUGUAAAAUGCUUGUUGACAUAUUUUAGUAGAAUAUUCUAUCCUGUUUUGGAAGUUCAAAAUUGCAAUAGAAACUGCUAUUACUUUA